AUGUCUAGCGGCCUUAGGCUAAGAAACGCGUAUAUUCCGGCGCCGGAGCCUGAUGACCUUUCCGAGCAGCUGCCGUCAGAAACACAGCCCGCGGCGCUCAAAAGACAGAUGUCAAUGUCUCAACGAGCCAUGUCAAACACGCUAACGUCAGCAGCAAAUCUCUCAAACCUCCUCCCAACGGGAACACUCCUCGCGUUUCAACUCUUAACGCCCGUUUUCACUUCAAACGGCGUUUGCGACCACGCAACUCGUUUCCUAACCGCUAUUCUCCUCUUCCUCUUAGCCGCGUCUUGCUUCGUCAGCUCUUUCACCGAUAGCGUUAAAGCCGACGAUGGAACGAUCUACUUUGGUUUCGUCACGUUCAAAGGCAUGUGGGUCGUCGAUUACCCUGACAUUACCGGGUCGGGUUUACCCGAUUUAGCCAAAUAUCGGAUGCGGGUCGUUGAUUGGAUCCAUGCCACGUUGUCGGUUUUAGUGUUUGGAGCGGUUGCGUUGAGAGAUAAGUAUGUAACGGAUUGCUUUUGUCCGUCGCCGGAGGAAGAGACGAAACAUGUUUUGGACAUUGUUCCGGUGGGUGUUGGGGUUAUGUGUACCCUUUUGUUUACUGUUUUUCCGGCGAGACGUCACGGUAUUGGAUAUCUUGUAACCGGAAAUAUUGAUCGCCGGUAA